AUGCAAACAUCACUAAACUCAUUGCCAUUCGAUCUCGUGCAUGUUAUUGCUUCAAGUCUCGAUGUCCACGACUUUGUACACCUCAGCCGCGUCAGCAGACGUUAUCAAAACCUCCUGCAGAACGAGAGCAUGGCACGGAGAACGCUGCAGGUGUGUCACUUUCUUGUCCCGUCAUCCUCGGCCAUCUUUGACGCAGAAAGCAAACUGUACUAUACACCCGGGAGGGACAAAUCGUUCACAAUAGUAGGGAAAGGCUCUGCCAGACCUUAUUCAGUCUCUCUGUUGGCGUAUGGGGAAGCCUUCUUCUAUUCAGAAGGGGUUCUAUGCUAUGUUGACGGCCCACUCGUCCGCGUUAUCGACAUUUACAGCGGAUCACAAGUCGAAGAUGUUGUCAAUGUGCUAGCCUUAAAUCAGAGACUUAGCUUGUGUGUGGCAUCAGAACCUUCUGGUCUUCGGCCUUUCGAUGACACAAGAAUCACCAACCUCAGCUACUCUAAGAGGAUUCUAGUAUGUGUCUGCGAGUCUGAAGUCACAGACGAGCGUUGGCUUCUAGUCGUCGAUCUAGGCCAAGAUCUCAAGCGGCGGGUCCCUUUUCGACACCCUCUGACCUGCACGACCAAGCUUUUUAUUCGACACGACCGCGACUACCUAUACUAUGGCACGCAUUCAGGGAGGCGAUCCGAUGGUCACCACGAAUGGCUUGUAACAGGCUUAGAUCUCGAAAAAGGGUGCCCUAUAACGCCGAAACCAUUUCAAUUAGCUGAUUUUGUUGGAUCUGACAUCGGCUCCACUGCAUGUUUCAAGAUCCAUGAAAAGCAUCUUUACGCCGUCUCUAAUCAGACAUCUUUUGAAGUAGAGGAGGUUGAUUGGACAUCAUACUAUCACUACAUUAAGAUACCACUUGGUGACAAGAAGCCAGACCUCAAAGCACAUCGGAUCUGGCAACGACAGCACGGAGAAGGGCCUAUUAAUGAUUCCUGGACUGAUCUAUCCCUUCAGAAGGAUGAGCAGACUAAUGAGCUCCUCAUCAUCGAAUGUCGCAAAGAAUGGCUGGGCGGUGGUAGUGCUAACAUCAGGACCUACUAUACGCAGCCACUACGUUUGAACACAGAGGAUGAUGUCGUGCAGACGUGCCAUUUCCCAGCUGAUGAUCCUUUGACACGAACUCUAGACGAGUACUCGAAGCCGCACUUUUCGGAACCUCAAAUACGGAUACGGAAGUAUUACCACCAUGAAUACGAACAGAGCCGACUCGAUCCGCGGAACUCGGCACCAAGAGACUUCAUCCUGGCAAAGACGAAAUUCCGCGCCUACAGUCCCUCAGCCAUGUCAUUUAUAGACCUAGUCAGCGAUCCAGCCCCGGUAGCAGCCGGCUCUGUACGAAUGCGUGAGCGCCUGCGGCUCCGCAUCGCAUCCAGGAGACAGAAGUCUCCGCUGGUUGAUGAUCCUGAUUGUCCGGGACAAAUGAUCCUGCGGAAACCAGAGCUGGACAAGAACAAUGAUCCAAUCGAAGGGAGCGAAGAGGACUUCCAUCCCACAGAGAUCCAUCUGUGGCCGCCAGAUGACGCGCCGACAGAGAUCUACGAUGUGCUUUGCCCGGCUGGCCGAGUGAGAAAUGUAGAGGCCAUCGCAGACGAGAGGUCGAUCAUUUACAUGACGGACGCCCCAUCAAACGCGACAAUGGGGCGCGGCAACGCCCGCGCAAUUGUCAUGAUUAGCUUCGAUCCAAGCUGGGGCAAGAAAUAUAAGAGGCUCAUCAUGCCAUCCACGAGCUCCGCACCGCCACCCAAAGAGAUGAAGCUCGAACUGGAAAAUAGGUCUAUGUCUCGAAAAUCGUACAAACGAGCCUCCCCUACGCCGGAGUCCGCGUCGACCUCGGCAUCGGCAUCUUCCACGUUUGUGUCUCGCCCGAAAAGGCAGAAAUGCGAUUCUGACUCAUCUACUACUACCACCACCACUGGAACCACGACACGAAAUCCGGACAAGGAGCGCCGAUUCAUGUGGAAGGAAGGCGCGAUGUAUCUCUCCAUCAACCGGGGGUACCGGCUUCGAUAG